AUGGUAGCUCUUAGAAAACCCUACUUAUGGUUGUUACCAGAAAAUUUUGAUGCAUUAAUUUCGGAGACUACAAUUACAUCAGAAACAUUAGAUCAAUUCUAUAUUGAUUUUCAUGCAAAAGAAGUUAUUGAUGAACGAUUAAAUAAAAUUUGUAAAAAAAUUCAUGAUCAUUUAAAUUUACAUAGUUGUAUAACACGUGUUGUACUUAAAAUGAUUGCUGAACAUUUCAAUGGUACAAUACUUAUACCAUUUCUUAAUGAAUUUA